AUGGUGAAUUGGACGGCGGUUAUUGUGAUCUUUACUCGAAUUUUGUGCGUUUGCUACAGCCUUAAAACAGAACCAGAAGUUAAAGUCCAACAAGGAGUCUUGCGAGGGAACGUAGCAAGAUCCGUAAAUGGGUUUAAAUAUUUCAUAUUCAAAGGAAUACCGUACGCCAAACCUCCUGUCGGAGUUCUGAAGUUCAUGCCCCCUCAGCCACCCGACUCCUGGAAUGGUACCAAAUUCGCACAAGAAGACGGUAACAUAUGCGUGCAGCGUGCGCCAAUGGCUGAUUAUUUGACUGGUGAUGAAGAUUGCUUGUAUCUUAAUAUCUACACACCUAAACUGCCUUCUAAAAAUAAUGACAAAAAAUACCCAGUCAUGGUUUGGAUACAUGGCGGGAGUUUUAACACAGGUUCAGGAACAAGUUCAGAGUAUACACCAGAAUUUUUAGUUGCUGAAAAUGUAUUGGUGGUAACUAUAAACUAUCGCUUGGGAUUGUGGGGCUUUCUAAAUGCACCCGCUAUCGGCAUACCGGGCAACGCUGGUUUGAAAGAUCAGUUACAAGCCCUGAGUUGGAUUCAGCAAAACAUAGCAAAAUUUUCUGGAGAUCAUCAGCAAGUAACACUGUUUGGUUGGAGUGCCGGUGCCGCUGCAAUUCAUUUGCAUAUGCUAUUUCCUGAACCAGUUUCAAAAGGAUUAUUCCACAGGGUAAUACUACAAAGUGGAACUGCUAUAAACCCUUGGACUAUGAAUGUACAUCCAGAGUUGUGGUCGAAUUGUCUACUGAAGAACUUAGGCUUAUCGAAUAAUAGAUCGUCAACUCUACGCGAUUUACAAAAUACACCGAGGUACAAAUUAUUUAAGCGUCAGCAUUGUCCAGAACUAGAUGAAAAAUAUUCAUAUGGGAUUUAUCCAUUUGCCUAUCUUCCGAGCCCUGAGCGAAUAAGUCGCACGAAUAAAAAACCGACACAUUUCAAUCUCGUGGUUUUCGGGUUAAUGAGUCUCCAAAAGCAAAUACCUAUGAUGAUUGGCUACACUAGCAAGGAAGGAAAUUUAUAUCAAAUGCCAGAAGGUGAUGAUUUGCUCGAAGUUACUGAUAAAACGGAACUAAAAAAUAAUAUUAAACUAGAAUGUCUCGCAUAUUAUAUGGAAUCAAGUAAUUAUAAUUAUACAGAUAUUGUUGAAAAAAUUUAUAACAGAUAUUACGGAAAGGAAACUGAUCCAAAAAAGCUCUUCGAAAUUUCAAUCAACUUAACUACUGAUUGUUCAAUGCUUUUUGGAAUAGAAAAUACGGUCAGAUUUUAUACCAAAUACAGAAAAAAUCAUGGCUCUAUAAAAGGCAAUAUAUACUACUAUAGAUUUUCAUUUGAUGGAAGUUUUGGAAUGGCUAAAAAUGAAUAUGGCUUAACACACAUAGAAGGUGCAUCUCACGGUGAUGAUCUUGGCUACUUAUUUCACUGGAAAAAUCCGCCGCAAGAUUUACAUUCUAAUUCUACUUUACGAGAAAGGAAAUUGAUGCGAACUAUGAUAAAGAUGUGGACCAAUUUUGCAAAAACAGGGAAUCCGACACCUGAAGUAAACAGAGACGUACCUAUCAAAUGGCUUCCAGCGACUGAACAAAAAAUAUAUAUGCUGGAUAUUAAUAAUGAAUUGAAAAUGUUGAGAAAUGUAAACAAUGAUAUACACAACUUUUAUGCAAAUUUCUCUUUAAAUAGACUGUGA